AUGAGCAUAAAAAAGUCUCCCGAAGAACUGAAGAGCAUUUUUGAAAAAUACGCAGCCAAAGAAGGUGAUCCAGACCAGCUUUCGAAGGAGGAGCUGAAGCUAUUGAUUCAGGCGGAAUUCCCCAGUUUACUGAAAGGUCCCAGCACCCUAGAUGAACUCUUUCAAGAACUGGACAAGAAUGGAGACGGAGAAGUUAGUUUCGAAGAAUUCCAGGUGUUAGUGAACAAGAUAUCCCAGUGA